AUGCAGCACUUGUGCUACUUGGCACCGCCUGUCAUGCUCACCUACGUCUUGGGCUUUCUCCCCGGCGUCGUGAGUUUGAUCGUCGUUGGGCACAGUGACGCUGCCGACGUCCAGCUCGUCCUAGGCGCCGCGUCGCUCGCUGACAUGUACUUCAACGUGACGGGGUACAGCAUUGGUCUCGGCUUGGCUAGCGCUAUGGACACGCUCUGCUCGCAAGCGUACGGUGCUGGCAACCUCCAGCGUAUUGGCGUACUCCUCCAGUCGGGUCUUCUCGUGCUCAGCGUUCUUUUCUUGCCGAUUUUGCUCCUCCACCUCUUUGCAACGGAUCUUCUUCUCGCGUUGCAUCAGCCGGAACGCGUCGCGGUCCUCGCCGGCGCGUAUGCACGUUGGCUCGUCCUUGGCCUACCCUUUGCUUUUGUCUAUGAGCUUUUGAAGAAGACGCUCCAGGCACAGAAUGUGGCGCUCCCAAUGGUCUAUUGCACCCUCGUGGGGAAUGCUGUGAACGCGAUCGUCGGCUACGUGCUCGUGCACCACUCGGCCUAUGGCUUUCUCGGCGCUGCGAUCGGUCGGUCGGCCGCCAACAUCGCGCAGCCGCUGUGUCUCGGUGUAUACUACUGGUGGCAUCCGAACGCGCGGGCCUUCUGGCCAGGGUGGAACUGGCGGUGCGCGGCGGCCGGCGUCGGCGAGUUCCUGGUCUACGGCGCGCCUGGCAUGCUCAUGAUGAUGUUUGAGUGGUGCAGCUUCGAGUUCAUUGCGAUUCUAUCGGGCCUCUUGCCCAACGCCAUCGUGUCGAUCGUCUUGGACUGGCUCUACUACGGCAUUGCCGUCUCGGCGACCGUGCGCGUUGGCAACGCGAUUGGCUCCAACGACCCGACGCGCGCUAAAAUCGCACUGAAAGCCGUCUUGGUUGCUGCCGCCUGCUUUGCAACGCUGCUCAUGGGUCUUCUCUACCUUGCGCGGCAAGCUUACCCGCUUGUGUUUACCCGCGAUGCCGAAAUUGCGUCAUUGGCGUCCGAGGUGGGUCUCGUCGUCGUCGCCUUCCAGCUACCCCAAGCCAUCAACCAGACAACACAGGGCAUCUUGCGCGGGUGCGGGCUCCAGGGAAAAGGCGCCGUCAUCAACUUUGUCGCGUACCUCAUCGUGGGUCUCCCCCUCGGGUAUGCGCUGGCCUUUCCUUGGCAACUCGACCUCCCGGGGCUCUGGAUCGGCAUGGUGUUUGCAUUUCUGACCGCCGCCACCAUCGGGCUCGGGCUUCUCAAGUGUGCGAGCAUCGACCGCAUCAGCGACAAAGCGGCCGCGGUUGCCAAGACGACACGGUCAUAA